CAUCACCGCCACCACUGUCCUCAGCUCGCCGCCCCUGCUGCUCUAGUAAUUGAUGUUAUGGAGAAGAAAGCGAGCGAGGGAUUCACAGUUUAGCCAUACAUUCUCCCAACUAACAUCCUAAAGCAUGAUGGAAAUCCGAAAAGAAACUCAGGAAUUUAACAUGAAGAGAAUAACGGGGAAGACUAAAGAAGCCACUUUGAUAGAAAUGUCCAACACGCUGGAUUCUCAGAUUGAAGGUAAUAAUGGCAGUAAUAACUCCAUCUCUGACCGAGGGACACAGCUGCCUGGUCAUCGGGAGAUAGAUAAGUUUGAACAGAACAGGGACUCUGUGUACUUCAAGGAUGGUGUUCGGCACAUCGAUUUUGUCCUGUCCUACGUUGACGACAAGGAUGGAGACAAGAAAGCGGAGAGAAGAAGAGAGUUUGAAGCCAACCUGGAGAAGGCUGGUCUUGAGCUGGAGGCUGAAGAUAAAUCGGAGUCAGAUGACCGUAAGACGUAUUAUCUGAAGAUUCACGCUCCGUGGGAAGUGUUGGCCACCUAUGCUGAUGUGCUAAAGAUCAAAGUGCCCUUUAAAGCGAGUGAUAUUCCCAAAGCUCGAGAAGUUCCUCUGGAGUGGCUCACUCAACCUUUCCGGCUGCCAGACAAUGUCAUGAGGCCAGAGCCGGACUACUUCACUGCACCUUUUGACAAGAGCAAGGUCGACUUCUUCCUCAUUGAUGAUGAGGACACAUUUUUUCCUCCAUCCACUCGCAACAGGAUCGUGUACUACAUUCUGACCCGCUGCCCUUAUUACAAGGAAGACCGUAAAGAGAAAGAUAAGACAGGAAUUAAACGUCUGCUGAACAACGGCACCUACACUUCAGCUUAUCCCCUUCAUGAUUGUAAGUAUUGGAAGAAGGCACAAGACAUGCAGUGUGAGAGUGAGAGGUAUCAUCUGUAUAAAAACUGGGCUCGAUUCCUCUGCUUCUACAAGAAGCAACCACUCAAUCUGAUCAAGAAGUACUAUGGUGAGAAGAUUGGUAUCUACUUUGCCUGGCUGGGCUUUUACACAGAAAUGCUGUUUUUUGCUGCAGUCAUGGGUGUCAUCUGUUUUGUUUACGGUGUGCUUAGUUAUGAAGACAACAUCACAAGCAAGGAGAUCUGUGACCCAGAAAUCGGUGGGAUGAUUGUCAUGUGUCCACUCUGUGAUAAAAAGUGCAGCUACUGGAAACUCAACUCAACAUGUCUGUCCUCCUGGCAAUCCCAUCUAUUUGAUAACGAGGGGACUGUCUUCUUUGCCAUGUUCAUGGGUAUUUGGGUGACCCUGUUCCUGGAGUUCUGGAAGCGGCGGCAGGCCCGUCUGGAGUAUGAGUGGGACCUUGUGGACUUUGAGGAGGAACAGCAGCAGCUACAGAUCAGACCAGAGUAUGAGUUGAAAUGCUCAGGCCGUAGACUCAACCACAUCACGCAGGUACCUGCAAACAUCACGGCGUGA